ACGGCUUCAUUUUGAUAAUUGAAGAAACCGUUAACAAUUACAACGUAAUUAAUUCGUUCAAAUAAUUCAUGUAAUAAUUAAAUAAAAUGAUUGAAGAAAUUCGUAAAAAAUUGCUAUUAACGAAUCAAUCAAAGAAGGUUGCAGUAAUUAAUCAACUCAUUAAAAAAAUCAAUUCACUUGAUGGAGAAACCCGAGCCUUAUCUAUUGUAAAUAUAAUAUCAGCUGACAUCGCUAUCAUCUUAACAUAUAAUUUGGCUCAGAACAAUGAAAAUCUUCAACGAUCUAUAUUAGUAUGCUGGGAAAUGUUAUCAGAACAUGAAUAUUUUUAUAAAAACAAUGUAGCGACUUCUGUUAUUAUGAAAAUAAUAGAAACUGGAUCAUUUCUCGCCAGAAAUGCAAUAACAGAGCAGCCUAUUUUGAAAAUAAUGGCUCAUACUCUUUCUUUGAUAUUUUAUAGGGCUCAGAAAUUCAAAUUUCCUUUGAGAAUUAUUGAGUACAUCGAUCAGUUAUUUAUAUUUAUCGACAGUUUAAAUAUUAAAGCUCUAGUUUCUGAUGCUGCUAAGAUUGUUAGCGUCGGGAAUCUUUUUUUUACUAUUCUCAGUGGUGUCGAUUUUGCUACAAUUAGUCUAGACAGAUUACUGAUGAUCCAGACAUUUUAUAAAGAUAUUUUAAAUGUGAUUUCGAAAAUUAUUAAGUUAGAGAAAAAUAACAAAGCCAAAGAAUCAUUCAACUUUCUUUUUAAAACUGCUGUCAAUAUUUGCUGCACAGGAAUUAAUGUUACUAAUGAAGAUACAGGAUCACUAAGUAGUGACUCGGAAGACUCGUGUGCAAGUAAUUGUCAUGAAAGAUUGGAAAUAUUUAAAAGUAUUUUAGAUAUUACGUGCAAAACGAUGUUGCAAAUUGUCAUCCCUAAUUUCAAAGAAAUAGAUGAAUCCAGCGAUGAAUUUGAAGAUUUUUUAAAACCUUUUGUUACAUCUUUGACUGUAUUGUAUCAGGAAAAAAAAAAUACAGACCGUGUUAAAAAAUUUUCAUUGGAUUUGUCAAUCCAAGGAUACUUGAAAUAUUUUCUUGAGAAAAUAAAAAAUCAAUCGUUGAUUGAUAGCAGAAAUUCAAUUUGUAAAUGUCUUGCUUACAUUUUGACGGAUCUUGCAAACAAUAAUUUGUCAAUGGAUCAGUGGCAAGAUGGCCCACGAGCAUUCUGUAAAUUUAUUUUUAAUGGACUCAUAUCUUACGCGGAAUCUGGGAAAUUGACAAGCGAUUCAGCGUGCGCUGAUGCUGUUCUUUUUUGCAUUUACUUUCAUUACCAUGCGACUGCAGACUCACAAAUGAUUGAAGUCAUCAGCCGGAUACCAUUGACACAAAAAAUUUUAAAACUAUCGGUUGAAAAUUUACCACAAGUGCCUACAGUACAAAUUAUUUGGUUUCUUAUUUCUGUAUGGAUGCUGGAAAGGAAGACGGGAGAUUCAGAUAAAUGUUUACCGGAUGCUUUAGCUCAUCUUAUUGAAAUCCUCGAAAAAGUAGGAGUAGAAAAAUGCUACAUAUGUUAUCCGGCUUUGGUUGUCACUGUGCUUCAGAAUUCAAUAUUUCCACGAGAAAUUCAGCAUCAAGUUGUUAAAUUAUGGCUGAAAACUGACGGUGACGUACAUGCGUUAGUCGAUGCAAGUCACAGGCACGUCGUCGUUGGUUCUCUCAUCAAUGCUUUAAAAACUGGAACCAAAGAUGUAGUAGAGCGAGCUUGCAAAGAUUUAAUUAAAAUCGCAAAAGAUAAUAAUCCCAACUAUGAUUUUAUGCAAAUUGUGUGGCAGGAAGUCCCUCAUGUUUUAAUUACUUAUAAAAAAGAAAAUGAGCAUAAUCUCGAAGGAUUUUUAAACCUGGCAAAUAAAUUAUCGACUGAUAAAUUUCCUGUUGAUCUUGCGAUCCAAUGCGUUGGAAGUUUCAUCAAAAUUUUUAGCAGCGAUGCGGAAGUUAAUUUAAACAUUAAGAAUUUGUUGAUUACAUUAACAAAUAAAAUGUUUUUGGUCGCUUCAGCUGCAAACGACAGCAGAGUUGUUCCGUCUAAUAUUACGGAUAGAGAUAUUUUGAAUAAGAUUCGUAACCAAGCAUUCCAGAAUCCGAAUGAUGAUUUAUCAGCAGCUUGUUUCAAAUGUUUAGCCAAUAUCUUCGCUAAUCUUAUUCAGUUUUCUAUGAAGCCACCACAGCCUUUAUCAGUAACGUCGACCGAGCUUAUAAAUGCUCUAUCGAAAGAUACAUUUGUCUCAAUCGAGGUCAUGAUGUUUUUGAAUAUUAUUUUUAUGAGCCAAAAAAACUUCCGCGACUAUGCGAUUAUUGAUUUCUGCCAGGAAAAUGUCGAAGAAGAUUUAUAUGAUAUUUUCUACACAAUGAUACAAACUCACAACAAUGCAGUUCCGGUUAAAUGGAAAUUUACUUUUAAUUGUCUGACCAAUUUUUUGAUAUUCAUAAAAUUAAAUUAUCCUACUGCGCUGUACAGUUGCUGUGAUGACAUCAACAUUCAUUUAACAGUCAUCAGAACCAUCGAUAACAAUUACGCGCAAUCAGAAUUUUUUAAAUUUGUUAACUUAUGGUUAGAGCACGGAUUGCAAUCCCACUCUUCGUUUGUCGACGGUACUUUUAAAUUAAAUCGUAUGAAAAUAUAUUCUCAAGAUAAUUUUGAGUUUGAAAGUACUUUUGAAAAAGCAUUGAAGCAACUGAAGACGUUCAUUGAAAAACUUGAUACUUCUAACGAUAUCCCAGUGAUUUUUCUUAAAAUCCUUAAGCAUAAAAUUUCGCUAUUCGUCUAA